AUGGCAGCAGCGCUGAUAUCGGUGCUGAACGAGGCGGCGGGGGAGUACGUGGAGGGCCUGGACCGCAGCCAGCUGGACUUCUCGGGGGCGCUGACGGGGAAAGUGCUGCUGCGGCACCUGCAGCUGAAGCAAAAAGUGGCCAGCGGGGGCCUCGCCGAGGACACUUUCUUCAAAGUUGUUUCUGUCGAGGGUCUUGGCAUUUACGUGGACUCUCUCGCGGUCCCGGCGUCUCUUUCCCCGGCCCUUUCCCCCCUCACAGGAGAAUCCUCUCAGCGGCAGCAGCAGGGAGCAGCAGCAGCAGCAGCAGCAGUAGAGGGUGCUGCAGCGGGAGAAAGAGCUGCUUUGAGAGGCCGCAGCAGCUCAGCAGACCCCUACGGCCAGCACGCCCGAGGGGAGAGUCGCAGCAGCGAAAACAGCAGCAACAUUCCAGCAGCAGACGCAGCAGAUGCAGCAGCAGAAGAAGACUUCUACGAUGCAGAGGAUUCCCCGUCUGAGAGAGCAGCAGCAGCGGCAGCAGCAGCGAGGAGGCAGCCUUCAGCUGCUUCCUUGAUUGCGCAGCAACAGCAGCAGCAACAGCAAGAGCAGCAGCAGCAGCAGCAGCAGCAGCAGAAGCAGCAGCAGCAGCCAAAGAAGGCCGACCGCAUGCAGCCGCUAGACAAGGAAAAGCUGAAUGAGUUCAGGGAGUUUCUUUCUCUGUUGUGGGAUAUUCCCCAUGAAUACAUUUUGUCUCCAGACACUUUUAGAGGCCAGGGGAAGUUGUUUUUGACGCUGGUGCCGACGCUGCCGCCAGACGGCCCUUUGGAGAGGUGCUGGAGCCCUUGGGGGCAGCAGCGGGAGGCGGAGAGAGACGCAGCAGAAAAGGCAGCAGCAAGUUUGCCAUCUUGCACUUUCUUUUUAACUCUUCCUGGAGUCAAACUCACUUUCGAGGCCAUGCAGGCCCUCCAGCUCUGGAAGUGGCUCGAGUUCUGCUUCAUUCUCUACGGCGCCUGGCAGGCGGGCCUUUUGGGCACUUUGGAGAAGGCCAGAGCCUCCCCAGGAGACACUCAAAGGUAUUUGCUUUGCUGGCCAGUUAAGCUGCUGCGCUGCCCGCAGCCAGUGGCUGUGCUGCGGGACGCAGAGCGGCUGCUGGUGUCUCAAGACGACGCAGAGUUGGCCUCGAAGAAGGAGACGGACGUGCCCGUGCACCAGCCCAAGCAGCAGCAGCAGCAGGAGCAGCAGCAGCAGCAGCAACGCGAGCACCGCCAGCAGCUGCUCUGCCCCGACGAGCAGCAGCAGGAAGACGACGAGGACGUCCUGGAGGGUCUGGACACGCUCGAGGCCAUCGACGCCUUCUGCGCCUCUUUCGAAGAAAGACAUUCGCUGCAGACCAUUUGCGUGCUGCGGGCGAAGGCGCUGAAGCGGCUGGUGGCCCUGCGAGAGCUGCUGGCUUCGCGGGAAGAAAGACAAAGCAGCUGGAGGCGGGCGUGGCAAUGGCUGACUUGCGGGCUUUUCAACAAGCAGCAAAGUCUGGACUUUGCUGCUGCUCAGGGAGACCCCCGGAAGCUGGCUUCUGCCAGCGCCAGCAUUGUGCAGGGCCUCAUUGAGCAGAACGGCGUGGGGUCUUCGCGUCUGCGGCAAGUGCGGGAGCACUUCUUUUCCGUGGACUUCGCGCUGGACUUGGCGCUCUCUGAACUCCAAGUCCUCGUAGUUUGCGAAGGCCGCGGAGUUGCUGUUCCCCCACCCCGCUACGGCCAGCGCCUCCUCGCCCUCGAGUGCGCCUGUCUUCAUUACCACCUCGAAAUUGGAGUCACUGGAGACCAGACCCUCAGCAUGGACGUCGAAGUAUACCCGACGACGGUGCUGACGGUGGCUCGGGACUUGGAGAGCAGCUUGACCCCGCCGGAAGUGUCUGUGCUGCUGCUGCUGGAGCCUUCGCAGCAAAAGACGAAGCGGAGGCGAAAAGGAAAUGCCUUUUUCGAUGUGCUGCAGAAGGUUUUGGGGAGGGCCGAGGACUCAGCAGCAGAUGCGCAGGACGUGGGCUCUGCAGCAGCUAGGCUGGGGCCUGCAGCAGGAGCUGCAGCAGGAGGCGCGGAGGGCGCAGGCGGCGAAGCCCUGCCGAAGGGGCCAGCAACUGCUGCGAAAGUCGCAGCAGCAGCAGCAGCAGCGACCGCAAGUGCUGCUGCUGCUGCAGUGGAGGAAGUUUCCCGUUCCGGAGGCGCGCGAGACUUCCGCAAGAAACUGGACACCAUAAGGGCCUGGAGCCCUGGAGUCUACUUGCGCAUGGACUCGCAGCUAUUUCGCACUUUGCAUGCACCUGACAUGCGUUUGCUGCUGCACUCUUGUGCAGGAAUUGUUGUAGUGGUCAGCCCGCAGCGCUGCCUGCUGGUCUUGGGCGAAAGCCUCAACCUCCUCGACGCCGCAAGAACGAAAGACCUCCUCCUUUCUUCCAAUAUACAGCUUUCAGCAGCAGCAGCAGCAGCAGCAACUGCAGGAGGGAACCCUUGGGUCCCCCAGCAGCAGCCAGCCGGCGGCCCGCCAGGCCACGCGGAAGCAGACGGGGAGGCUGCUGCUGCUGCGGCGCACCCGCGGCCGCCGGGAGCAGCAGCAGGAAAGAGCCAGCAGCAGCCGAAGGGGGCCAAGCAGCAAGAGGCCGGCGCAGCAGCAACAGCAGCAGCAGCAGAAGGCCCCACAACCGAGUCCACCCACAAACGAAGGGGGGGCCCCAGUGGCUCCUAUUUAGUUCGCCCUGUAGAUACCAGCGCUUUAUGUCUCAAAGUGGCCCACGACAAGCACAGGCCGGGCCUUCCCGCUUUCCACGUGGACAUAAUUCAAGAGAGCAUUGCGGUGUUUGUCUCGCAACACGACAUAGAGUUGUUGGCCAACAUAGCAGCAGAGUCUCUGGAGAUAUUUUAUUCCUAUUCUCCCCGUCUUGACGCAAUUUUCAGAGACGCAGCAGCGCAGCAGGCGGCGCUGGACGCGUGCAUAGUGCAGCAGAUGGAGGCGAAGUGCAUGGAGCUGGAGCAGCAGCAGCGGCAGCAGCAGCAGCUGCUGCAGCAGCAGCGGGAGGGCGAGGCCGUGGAGAGAAAGGCGUCGCGCCCAGAAGAAGACACUGUUGUCUCCUCAAUUGCUGCUGCUGGAGUGGACCACACCACUGCCCUCGUGGGCACCCAGCUGGCCCUCAGCAGGGCCAGGGCCCAGGAGGCCCUCGUGUCUGCUUCAGUCACUUUGGCCAACAGCCAGCAGGGGGACAUGUCUUUGGAGAUUCACUGUGUCUUGGCUGGCCUGCGGCUGUCGCUGCUGCGCAGGGGCCCCACGAGUAGUUUCAAGGAGGCCCCCCGCGACUGCAGCGCAGCAGCAGCGCCCGCCCCCGCCGACCACGAAGACACCGACUCCCUCGCCCCUGCUGCAGCAGCCGCAGCUGCGGCCACCACAGCAGCAGCAGCGGUGGGCGGGCCCCACGCUGCUGCGCCCCCAGGGGGGCCCUCGGGGGCCCCCCGCAGCGGCCAGGCCAAGUCCGCGUCUCUGCAGAGGAUCCACCGGAGCCGACGGUGGCAGAACGACUCGCUGUCAGCAGCAGCAGCAGCAGCAGGGCCCGCGGCAGCAGCUCCGGGCGCCGCAGCAGCAGGCGGGGGCUACUUUGGGAGCCUGGCGCACACCGCCGUGUCUGCUGCAGAGGGCCUGGCGGCGCAGCAGCGCGCAGCAUCGCUGCUGUCGGGGGAGGGGGCCCCCGAAGGGGCCCCCCUGGCCGCAGCAGCGGGGCCCCUGGGGCCGCUGCUGACAGGCAGCUGCAGCAGCUGGCUCUCGGCGUGCCUGCCGCUGACCGAACCCUGCACCGGCAAGGCCUACAGGCCUUACCAAACGGUCAGUCCACUGGUCACGUUGCUGCUGGGCGAGUGCUUCAUAGAAGCAGUGACUUCUACUGAGGGGCUGGCCCACGUGCAUGUGGCUUUGGAGGGCGUGGAGCUGCGGGACGACACCAACAUAGCCCCGCUGUGCUUGUCAUCGUUGUACCUGGGUUCGGGGGCCCCCGAGGCCCCCCAGCCGGGCUCGGGGCCCUUCGGGGGGGCCCUCCACUUCGGCUCAGUCUCUGCAGCAGAGCUGAAGGCCCCCGACUGCAGCAGCUCCGAGCGAGGCCGCCGCGCCUCCGCUUUGAGAGCUGCGGGCCCCACAGCUUCGCAGCGGAAGAGCAGCGCAGUGGAGCAGCACUUGGCCAACAGCCAGUUGCUGUUUGCGGAAAACAAACUUUCCACCAAGAGGCUGGACAGGGCCCGCACUUCCGUGCUGGUUGCGGAGGCCAGGGCGGUGAUGCCGGAGAAGCAGCAGCAGCACCAGCAGCAGCAGCAGCAGCGGCGGGGGAGAAGCGUCAGCAGGGAAGCAACGUCCGACGGGUUGUCGCACGAGGAGGCGGCGGGGCCGCGGCGCUCGUCCGGGGCCAACCGCAGAAGCAGCUACAGCAGCAGCAGCAGCAGCAGCACCUGCCCGCUGCUGCUGUGCUGCCCCCCGCGGCCGCACCUGGAAGUGCGCCUGCGGGGCAACGCCAUGGAGGAAACUGUGGACACUGUUGUAUCUCUUUCGAAGGCCCGCUUCGUUCUUGUCUGGGAAGUUCUUUACGAAGUGCUGCAGGUGGCCAGCCAGCUUUCUGAAGAGCUGCCAACUUUCCAGCCGCCGCCGCAGCAGCUGCAGCCCCCGCCUUCUCCCGCCUGGGGCUCUGUGCAGCAGCCCGCGCAGGGGCUGCAGCAGCAGCAGCAGCAGCGCGGGGGCAGCGCGGCUUCGCAGGUGAGGCCCGAGGAGCAGCUGGAGUCCAUAGUGCAGCGGCUGCUGCUGGCCCGCAGCAGGUGCAUCUCCAGGCAGCAGCUCAGCAGAAACCCCAGUGUUGCCACUACGGACAGCCGCUGGUUCAGUCUUGCGGGAGGAGACGAUCCCAGGGACUCUCGCGGGGCCUCGGGCUUCGUGUCUGCCCCUCCGGUUUCCGGCGCGGACCCCGCGCUGCAGCUGCAGCAGCAGUCCCCAGCCGCAGCAGCAGCAGCAGCAGCAGCAGCAGCAGCAGCGGCGUCGUCCCCAGCAGCAACUCCCCCGCCCGCGCCUUCAGCAGCAGCAGCAGCAGCAGGGAGCUCGAGGGCCCCUUCGGCCUCGCUCCAGUGCCUGGGAGAGUUCCCGGUGCUGCCGUCGACGCGUUUCACCUUCGAAGCCUCCGGAAGCCAACUGGAGCAGCCGCAGCAGCAGCAGCAGCAGGCGGAGCUGCCGGAGGCGCUGCCGCAGUGGGUGCCGCUGGAGAGCGGGGGCGCCUCGAGCCUGUUCGACAACGGGCGGCUGCUGCGGGCCAUCGAAGAGUCCCGCUUCGGGGCUGUGGAGGAAGAGGGCCCCUGUGACUUCACAGAGUGCGAGGGCGAGAGCCGCAGCCGCAGCGCCUUCGCAGGGUCUGCUGUGUCUUUGCUGCAGCAGGCGGGCCGCUGGGCGCUGCCCAGCACGGCGUUUGCUGCGGGCGAGAGCGUGCGGGCUGUGGGCUGCGCGGGGGCCCCCGAGGCCUUCAACAGCUGCUUCCGCCUCCCCAAGCUGCAGCUGCGGCUGCGCAUGCAGCAGGCUGAGGUGUGGUUUCCCACGGAGCCCGUGCGAAUGCCUUUCGAGGCGGAGGCCGAGGGGCCCUCUGCUGCAGGCCGCCGCAGCGCCACCGCCGCGGGGGGCUCCCUCGCCUCCCACAGCGAGCGCAGGAGGCAGCAACAGCAGCAGCAGCAGCAGCAGGGCGACGCCGCGGAUGGCGACGCAGCCAGGGGCCCCGGACUCCUCGCUGCUGUCGGCGGGGCUGCCCUUCCCCUGGGGGGCCUCGCUGCAGCACCGGCGGGGGCCUUCGGCAAAAAGGGAAGACACUUUUUAAAUAGACUUCGCUUCGACCAUGUGGGGUCCAGUGACAGCAGGGGGCCCCCCACGGACACGGGCACCAGUGGGGGCUUCAUGGGGCGCCGCCGCAAGGGCGAGACGCAGCAGCAGCUGCUGCACCACUUCAUCCCCGAGAGCUUCGCAGCAGGCCCUGGGAUCGUCCCCGGGAUCGUCCCCGGGAUCGUCUCCGGCCUCGCCUCCGCUGCUGCCGGGGUUUCCAGCGCGACUGCGAAGGGGCGCAGGGCGCUUCUGGGGGGCGCCCGCAGCGCCACGGGGCUGCAGCAGCAGCAGCUGCUGCUGUACAACAGCAGCGCCCUCAGCAGCAGCGGCAAGAGGUUCAGCCCGCGCCUGCAGCGGGUCACUGCAGCAGACUACUGGAGGGGCCUCAAAAGGCUAGUAGUUCGAAGCCAGAGAGCUACUCCCGAGGGGACAGCAGCAAUUGCAGCUUGUGCUGCUCGGGUGCCCAAGCUGAUAGCCGUGUCUGCGGCCUUCGAAGUCUCCGUGGCCUGCUUCUCGCUGCAGCGCCAGCAGCAGCAGGAGCAGCAGCAGCCGCAGCAGCAGCAGCAGCAGGAGGGGUAUUUGGAGAGCGGUCGGGAGCGGGAAGAGGCAAUGAUAACGGAGCUGGAGUGCGCGCGGCAAAUGGAAAGAAGCGGAGAGGGGCUGCUGCAGUGGCUGUCUCCUUACUGCCCCUGUUUGCUGCGCGUGGGCCUCUCCGUCUCCAACUUGUGUGCUGUUACUACGCAGCCGGAGCUGCUGUCGCCGCUGCUGCCGUGCGCAGUGGCCUGGGAGCCGCUGCGGCUGCACAGCCCGCUGCUGGCCCCCACACGGCUGCAGCUGCUGGCCACAGUGUGUGUGCCUUCUGCUGCAGCUCUCAGCGAGCGCAUUUGUGGCAUAAGUCCCGAAGCUGCUGCUGCUAUUCGCCGCCGCUACGGCAUUCUGCGGGCCCCCGAGCCCGAGGGCCUUUGUCUCAGCUUCACAGCUGAGCCGGUGCUGCUUACUCUUGACACUCUUUCGGUGGUUUUGGCUUACCAGCUGCUGUCCAUUUCGGGGGCCCUUGCUACUGCUGCUGCCAGCCUCUUCCCCGCGGCCCCCUCUUCUCCGGAGGAGCUCCGUGCAGCAGCAGCAGACAUGUCCGACACCCUCACAAGUGCUGCCAAGUCCUUCCCCGCUGCAGCGGGGCAGCAGCGGCAUGCUGCAGCAGUGGGGGCCCUCUCUGCUGCUACUGGGCCCGAGGGAUGUGGCCUUGUGGGGUACUCGGGGGCAGAGGAAGACCCGCAGGGCCCCCGGGGGCCCCCGCGGGGGCUCAACCAGGUCCUCGAGACCUUCAUGGCGGAGCAGCAGCACGAGCAGCUGCAGGAGCAGCGGCAGCAGCAGCAGCAGCAGCGCCGAGCCUCCAGCAGGGACAUGCCCUCCCCGCCGCCCUACCCAGCAGACCUCGCCGGCGAGGGGCCCCUGGGACUCCACUGGGGGGGCCCCCCGGAGGAAGACCUCGAAAGAGUCCCAGUGCCCACAGCAGCAGACGCCCUCGAGGGCUUGCUGCACACCACUGCUGUGGCCUUCGAAGUAUCUGGGGAAUUGUUUCGAGUCUCCCUGUGGGACACCUUCAGCGUGAGCCGCAAGUGCUGCUUCGCACUGACUGUAGAAGACCUGGAGCUGCGGGGGGCCUCGAGGCCCCGCUGCACAGAGACGGUCCCACUCGAUCCCGGGACCACAACUCUUGCUGCAUGCGCAGACCCCCUCGUCAAGGCUUGCUGCGCGGUGCUGCAGCACGAGGAGCUCUGCGCCCGCCACCAGAGACUGCGGCGCAGGUACAUGCACGUGCAGGCCCCCGUCAAGCGAAGGGACAGCAGAAGCGGCUCCACCCAGCAGCAGCAGCAGCCGCAGCAGCCGCAGCGGGGACCCGUGAACCCCUCGCUUGCUGCUGCUGCUGCUGCUGCUGCUGCUGCUGAGGACAUGGCCCUCAGAGUCGACGGGGCCACUCUGCGGCGCAUCAGACGCGAAUAUGCAGAAAGCAUUAGUUUGAAGGCUUCCCACGGACAGCAGGGCCUCAUUCGCCUCGUGCUGCAAAGCAGUUCCGGCCCAGUCCUUCCGGGGGGCCCUCCGCCCCCAGUGGACCGGGUGGUGGUCUGCGUGAGGAGACCAGUGGUCAAGGGCAGCACUUACUUGGUCUUUUUCGAGGCCAGCCGGGCCUCCCCGGAGCUCCAAAGGGGACAGUCUAGAGGCCUUCUCGGGGGCGUGGGCCACGUAGUGGAACAAAUACCCUGGGUGGAGAAGCCUGAGACUCUUCUUAACUUGGGUGCGGAGAAUGCCUGGCGUUUUGCCGAGACUGGCGCUAACCAGCUGGAGAAGUACCUUGCCUGGCCUGCGGCGGACAUCUUCGACCUCCAGCGGCAGCAAAAGCAGCCAUCCGCCGCCUCGACAGCUGCAGCAGCAGCUGCUGCUGCUGCUGCUGCUGCGGCUGCUGGCGCUGCUGCCGGCGCAGCGGGGGCCGCUGCAGCGCCAGGAAGCAACCAGCCCUCGAGGAAACCCUCGACAGCAGAUGGCAAAGCCGCCUUGCCACCUGGGGAAUCCGCAGUGGAGGCCCACUCGGGGUCCUUUUUGGGCAACGGGGGGCCCCCCCUGAGGGCUGCGUCGGAGGUCCGCGGGGGCCCCCGGCCCCCAUGGGUUAUGCCCGAGGGCUACUGGGGCGGCGCCAGUGAAGAGCGCCUGAGGCUGUUUGACCCCAAUACGGACCCCAGGGCCCGUGGGGGGCCCCCGCAGCGCAAGCGGCCGUGGCGGGGGGGCCCCCCGGGGGCCCCCGGGCGAGGGGGGAAGCUGGAGACGGCGGGGGAAAGCGACGAGGAGGAAGUGGAAAGACCCCCGCUGUUCAGCAGAGACUUGAGCGUGAACUUGUUUGUGGUGGGGGCGGGGCUGUCGCUGAUCGACAGCAAGCCCGCAGAGAUUUUCUACGGCUCGCUGCAGCUGCUGCAGCUGGCCUUCAAGUCCAGCCAAGAAGGCGAAAAGCUGCGCCUGUCCAUAGGCUGGGUGCAAAUCGACAACCACGCGCCCAUGGCUUACUACCCAACAAUGCUGCGGCCCAUCACUGACAUGCGGGCGAGCUUUAGCCCCGACGAGGCCUCCUCGAGCUCCCCAAAGGCCUCCGCCGACAGCUCCCGCCACCUCAGUGCAGCCUCCACGGCCACGGCCCCAGCCCCCCUCAAGAGAGACCCCAGCAAAGAAGACUUGCCCGUGCGGCCCCAGGGUCCCCAGGGGCCCCUGGGCCCCACGGGCCUCGGGGUCCGGCCCCCCAGGCCCCCCUCUCCGGGGCGCGCUUCCCCCCGCAUGGGGGGCCGGAGAGGGGCAGUGCCCUUCACGGCCACCAGAGACCCUGGGGACAACGAAGAACGGGAAGGGGAAGGGGGUGGGCUGGUGGCGCCGGGGGCCCCGGGGGCCCCGGGGGCCCCCGGGGUCCCGGGGGGUCCCCUGCGGUCGUCGCUGGCCCUGCAGGAGCGGCGCAGGUCCGCCUCGCACCUGCCCCUAGAAGAAGCCGAAGAGGCCCAUGCGCUGCAUGCGGAGGCCGAAGGGCUGAAGCUGCUGGAUGAAGAAGACGCAGUGGCGCAGCUGGUGCUGGAGAGGCGCAACACUGUGGACGGGAGAGGCCUGACAGUAAUACCCCAGUGCGUGCUGCGGCUGGCGCCCAUGUCAGUGAACAUUGACUUUCAGUUGGCCUUCGCGCUGCUGCUGUUUGUGGACGAUUUGCUGAGGACCACCGACUUGGACUUGCUGCAGCAAAGCGUCAAGGAGAUCCGAACCUCCGAGACUGAUGCAGGCAGCCCCAGCUGGAGAGCCAUGCUCGGCCCCGUGGAAGGAGCCCUGGCCGAGGUGAUCCGGGGGAGCGGCGACGGAGCAGGGAAAGUGUACUUGGGAACUCUAGACGUGGGCCGGGUGGCUCUGGUGAUAAACAUUCGAAACAAACGGCAAGGCGCAGAAGAAGAGGAGCAGCCCCACAGCGAACUGAUUCGCGGGGUGUUGGCAAUAAUGAAGUCCAGCCCUUACAUAAGCGACGCGAACUUGGUCUUCGCGCCCGAAGUGCACCAGAGCCUCUGCGGGCCCCUCGUAGUUCUCGUCUCCGACAUUCUCCAAACUUACAUCGGCCAGGCCAUCAAACAAAUCUUCCAACUCCUCGGCGCUGUCGACCUCUUCGGAAACCCCGUCAUCAUGUGCAAACACUGGAAGUCCGGAGCCCAGGGCUGCUUCUACGAAAUGCGCCGGGGGCUGGCCCUGUGGGGCACUCCGGGCUUUGCGUUUAUCUCCUUCGGGCGGGGCCUCGCGCGGUGCGGCACGGGCUUUGUGGGGGGCCUCUUGGACUCUUCGGGCCGGUUUUUUGGGUCUUGGUUUCAGUGCUUCGAGGCCUUGGCCCGCAACUCCGACUCCUAUUCCGUAAUGCCUUUUGCCCAGGGCCAAGGGGGCUUCACGGACCAGCCGGGGAGCAUUGCAGAGGGGCUUGUCUCUGGGGGCAAGGGCUUUGCAUUUACCUUCGCUUUGUCGCUGGCGAACUUCUGCGGCAAGCCCUUCAAAGCCACGCAAAUCCACUUGGCCCAGCCCUCCCUCAACAGCAAAAAGGACAGGCUGCUGGCGGGGGGCAAAGGCUUCGCCAUUGGGGCUGCCUCGGGACUCAGCUCCCUCUGUUUUGGAGUUCCCUCUUCUCUGCUGCUGCUGCUCUCCUCCUCUUGCGUCGGCGCACUCAACCAAAUACAGGCAGUGCCCAUGCUCGAAUCAGUGCGGCCGCGGCGGGUGUUUUGCAUUGGCUGCUGGCGGCCAGAAAGCUACAGCUUUUCGCUGGCUGCGGCGCAGAGCUGCGUGCGGCGGGGGGCGCGGGCGCCGCCGGCGCAGCUGCUGUUCACAAUUCCCGUAUACAAGCAGCGGGAAGAGGGGGAGGGGCAGGGGCCCCCCCCCGGGGGGGAGCGGCUGCAGCGGCUGGAGCAGCGGCUGCAGCAGCUGGGCCGGGGGCAGCAGCAGCCGCGGCGGCGGCGCCCGCUGCUGUGGCUGGCCGUGGGGCUCCGCAAGUUGGGGCUGCUCGAAGGCAAACAUGUCCUCUGGAGCUGCUUCCGCGGCGAUGUGGCCCAGCUGCAGGUUGUCAGGGCCCCCGCAGCAGAUCACAACAACCCCACCAAAGCCGUCGCCUUCUUCCUCAGCGUCCUCCACUUCAGAACCGACGGGAGGCCCCCCUCAGACGAGGGCCUCUCCAGAAACGUCCGAGAGGGUCUCAGACAAAGGGCUGAACUCGGCGGCAUGCAGGUGCAAACGCCCGCCACGAACAGCUCCAUCACCGGCAGCAGCAGCUACAGUAGCACCACCAGUAGCAGCAGCAGCAGCAGCGGCAGCUACACCGACGAGGAGGCCACGGAAGACCUCGAAGACGAAUUUUCGGAGUCUUCGUCCUCCCUGUCCAACACUUUUGGCGGUCCAUUAUCCAGGGACCCCUCAGCAGACCAGCAAGCACCAGCAGCAGCAGCAGCACCAGGGAAAGCAGCAGCUUCAGGCGUCAAAGACAGCAGCUGGCCAAAGAAGAGCGAGUCCAGUGGGCAGCAAAGAAGCAGCAUGAGGGAAACCCUCACUUCCCUUGUCAAAGGCUCCCGCCUGGGGGGCCGCGGCAGCUCUCUGCAGCCAGAGGGUUCUGGGGAGCAGCUGCAGCGCGAGUCCUCGGUUCCUCAGCAGCAGCCGCAGCAGGAAGAGCCGCAGCAGCAGCAGCAGCAGCUGCUGCCGCAGCAGGGCAGGUGGAAAGUGCUGCGAAAGAGCAACGUGGGGAAGUGGUUCCUGGGCCGAGGCAAAACCUGGGAGACAGAUCCUAUGAAGCAAACUUUCAUCUCCAGAUGGGUUGAGUUCCCCUCAGAGAUGGCCGCGCUGCAUGCAUUUGAUGUUCUCUCGCAGCUGCUGGACAGCCCCCCAGGCCAGGGGCUGACAGACACCACCGUCUUCCCCCUCCCCUAG